AUGUACAAGUUCACUCUAACAGCAGCUUGGCUAAUUAAACCCAUCAUCAUUUCCGUUCAUGUCUCAGCCUCUUCCACCAGGCUCGUGUGUUACUUUAACAGCUUGGCUGAGAACAGAGAGGAGGAUGGGAAGGUCACAGUUUUCGAUAUCGACCCAAACAUCUGUACCCAUCUGAUCUAUGCUUUUGCUGACAUAAACGACCAAAAUGAGCUGGUCCCCAGCAGUGCAACUGACAUACAACGCUAUCAGUCCUUUAAUGGACUCAAAGCCAAAUUCAGAACAAUGGUUUCAACACUAGCAAACAGAACAAAAUUCAUCCAGUCUGCUAUUACACUAAUGAGAGGAAAUGGGUUUGAUGGGAUAAACCUUGACUGGAGGUUCCCUGGAGGAGAUGGAAGCCAACCAGAGGACAAGCUGAGAUUCACAGUGCUGUGCGAGGAGCUCAAAGACGCCUUUGAGGCUGAGGGACAGGCAAUGAACCGUGACAGACUAAUUGUCACCGCUAGUGUUUCUGCUGAGAGAGACACCAUUGAUGCCAGUUAUGAAAUCUCAAAGAUCGCAAUGCACCUGGAUUUCAUUAAUGUGCUGACAUUUGAUUUUCACGGCCCCUGGGAAAGUGUCACAGGACAUCACAGCCCCUUGUACCGGGGGGCCAAAGACACUGGAGAUAAUAUCUACUCUAACACUGACUCUGCUAUGAUGUAUUGGCGGGACCAGGGAACACCUGCACAAAAGCUAAACUUGGGAUUAGCGGCAUACGGGCGAGCUUUCACCCUUUCCUCUGCGUCUGCGACCGGCAAUGUUGGUACACCAGCCAGUGGUCCUGGUGAGGAUGGCUGCUACACUGGUGUAGAAGGAUUCUGGGCCUCUUAUGAGACUUGUCUUUAUCUUGAAGAUGUUACAAUCAAGAUGAUUCCUGAUCAGAAAGUCCCAUAUGCCGUCACAGAAGAUCAGUGGGUUGGAUUUGACAACAAAGACAGCCUUAAUGCCAAGGUUAAUUACCUAAUAGCUAACAACUUUGGAGGAGCUUUUGUCUGGUCUCUGGACCUAGAUGACUUUCAUGGACAGUUCUGUAAACAGGGCAACUACUCUUUCCUCAGCCACUUGCAUUCUCUCCUGGCUCCAGGUAACCAAAAUGCAAAAACUGUCUAUCAUGUCCUGUCAUGCAGUGGUUUUGAAUGUGCGUUUGAUUUACUAACAUCAGCACUAAAUUAAUUAGCUCAUCUUCUAUUAACUACUUUUGUUAUUGUGGGAAACAUUUGUGAUCAUGAAGGACUGUGAGUAACCACAUCACAGCUCAAAUGGAACAUUGUUAUGAGACAGAGAAUUAAAUAUUCCUGCAUGUUCAUAUAUUUUACCUACAGUUAAGCAGACUGCAAAUGUGAGCUAUGUCUUCUACAAAGAUAUCUCAGCUGUAUAUGAUAUGACGACUAUACAGCA